GGCGACAGGCAUCGGGGUGACAGGCAUCGGGCCCCCAGGCGGGGCGACAGGCAUCGGACCCCCAGGCGGGGCGGUGGGCGCCGGGCCCCCAGGGGGCGGCGGGGCGGCGGGCCCCCAGGCGGGGCGGGGGGCGCCGGGCCCCCAGGCGGGGCGGCAGGCAUCGGGCCCCCAGGCGGAGUGACGGGCAUCGGGCCCCCAGGCAGGGCGACGGGCACCGGGCCCCCAGGCGGAGCGGCGGGAGGGGCAGCAGACACCGGGCCCCCAGGAGGGGCGGCGGGCACCGGGUCAUCAGGCACGACAAUGGGCAUCGGGUCACCAGGCAUCAGGUCAUUUGGCUCGCCAGUGGGCACCGCGUCAUCUGGCAAGGCAGUGGGCACC